AUGGCCGUUGGACCGACGGAGGGCAAACAGCCGCCCUCAGAGACAUUCUCGCCCACACACCAUCAGAUUAUAGCACCCAGUCCGAUAUUGGCGGUGCCGACGCUCGCCUUCUCCGCCGCCCAGGUGGAGAUCGUAUGCAAGACAUUGGAAGAUUCGGGCGAUAUCGAGCGUCUGGCACGUUUCCUAUGGAGUUUGCCGGUGGCAUUGCCCAACAUGCACGAGAUACUCAACUGCGAGGCGGUGCUCCGGGCCCGGGCAGUUGUCGCCUAUCAUGUCGGUAACUUCAGGGAACUAUAUGCAAUAAUAGAGAAUCAUAAAUUUACGAAGGCGUCCUAUGGCAAGCUGCAGGCCAUGUGGCUGGAGGCGCACUACAUUGAGGCCGAGAAGCUGCGCGGCCGCUCCCUGGGUCCCGUUGACAAAUAUCGCGUACGCAAAAAGUUUCCGCUGCCGCCGACCAUUUGGGAUGGUGAGCAGAAGACGCACUGUUUCAAGGAGCGCACGAGAAGUUUGCUGCGCGAAUGGUACCUACAGGAUCCCUAUCCGAAUCCAACCAAGAAACGCGAACUGGCCAAGGCCACCGGCCUGAAUCCCACGCAAGUGGGCAAUUGGUUCAAGAAUCGCCGUCAACGCGAUCGUGCCGCUGCUGCCAAGAAUCGCAUUCAGCACAACCAGAACAACUCGGGCAUGGGCUGCCGCAGCCGUCGGGCGGAUGGCGCCGCCUCGCCCACACCCUCGGACAGCUCCGAUUCGGAUAUAUCGCUGGGCACGCACUCGCCGGUGCCGAGCAGCCUGCAGCUGCAGCACAGUCCGGGCAGCAUGUCGAACGGCGCCAACGAGGAGAGCCUCAGCGUGGACGAUGACAAGCCGCGGGACUUGAGCAGCGCCCUGCCCUCGCCCACCCCGCCGCAGCUGCCGUCGGCCUAUGCAGCUGCAGCUGGAGCAGGAACUGGCGGCGCUGGCGGGCUGCCGGCGGGCUGUUUGCCGCCUUUCAAGCUGGAUGCGGCCAGCAGCCUGUUCAAUGCUGGCUGCUACCUGCAAAGCUUUAGCAACCUGAAGGAGAUGUCCCAACAGUUCCCCAUACAGCCGAUUGUCAUCAGGCCGCAUCCGCAGCUGCCGCAGCCGCUGGCGCUGAACGGCAGCGCAGCCGGCGCGCCGCAUCUGCAUCAUCCGGCCUAUGCGGCCGCCUACAGUGUCGAGUGCGGCGUGGUGGCGCCUCCGCCGCCGCCGCCCAAGCUGCGCAUCAAUUCGCCGGAGAAGCUCAACUCGACGGCGGUGGCAGCCGCGGCGGCGAUCAGCAGCAGCGGCAACAAUACGACCACGACCACGACGACAACGGGCUAUCAUCACAGCGCCCAGCUGCUGCUGCACAGGCCGUUCUCCACGUCGCCCGAGCUGAAGCAUAGCGCGCCCGAGAUUACAUGAUAUCAGAGGGUUUGAGGCGUCGGCCUUGCCCCGAGGGUUUCUCAGCACAGUCCCUGCCCCUGGCCCAGCUCCUGCUCCGAACGCUCCCACUUGCACUAAGGCCCAGCUAAUCGAAUUGUUUCAAUUUUUAGUUUAAGUCAAAACGCGUCGUUUAAGCCACAACUUCGGGCAGCUCGAGCGCCCGAAAGCAAUAACAGCCGCAACGAUCGCAGCCAACUUCAUGUCAGAUCCUGCAUCCUGUCACGGCC